UUUAUAUCUAAACAAACAUUUUGUGAAAGAGAGGGAGAGUAAGGUGAAGCCAUGGCAUCAAAGAUUGUCUCAGCCAUAGUCUUUGUGUUCAACCUUAUUGCCUUUGGUCUAGCCGUGGCUGCUGAACAAAGACGAAGCAGUGCAAAGGUUGUGCAGGACACUGAGGUGCAAUACAACUAUUGUGUGUAUGAUUCAGACAGAGCCACAGGUUAUGGAGUUGGAGCGUUUUUGUUCUCAGUGGCUAGUCAACUUCUUAUCAUGCUCGUUAGCCGCUGCUUCUGUUGUGGCAAGCCUCUAAAGCCUGGUGGUUCACGCGCUCUUGCUCUCGUUCUCUUCAUUGUAAGCUGGAUGUUCUUCUUAAUAGCGGAGAUAUGUCUAUUAGCUGGAUCCGUAGAGAAUGCAUACCACACCAAGUACAGGACAAUGUUCAUGGACAAUCCUCCUGAUUGUCAAACUCUUCGUAAGGGUGUCUUCGCUGCUGGUGCCUCCUUUGUCUUCUUCAACGCCAUUGUCUCUCAGUUCUACUAUUUCUUCUACUCCUCUGCUGCUGACGCCUCCCUCUCGCCUUACUAGAGGAUUUGAACCAACAAAAUGAAUUUGUUUUUUUUUUCUAUGUGCUAUGUGAUAUACUAAUGUCAUAUUUGGGACAUGCUGCUUAUUGUAUGAAUGCAAAGUUAUUUGAAUUUUAGGGUAUACAACAUUGAGUUUUGUAGAUAGAUUUGUAUGGAUAUAAAGGAUAUUGAACUGAAAUGUUGUUUUUAAAAAGGCGGGUAUAACGUGUGACGGUUUGCGAUUUAUAUGCUAUAUUUGUUGAUAGAAC